AAAUAUAUUUAUUUGUUUAUGUGAAAAAUAAAAAUAUUCCAACAUAAAUAUUGGAAUCCCAGCCUGACCACAGACUGUGGAUAUUUAUUGUUUUAUAACAAAUACAGCCUUGCUUUGAUCCUUAAAAAAAAAAUAAAUUUGGAAUGAUCACUUUGGGGUUAAUCUCAAAAUAAACAGUGAAAAGCAACUUAAGGGAGUCAGAACCAUUUUUAAUUUGCUUUCAUCAUUGUCUCUUGUGAGCGUGCAAUCACUGAAUUAUUGUGUCAGAUUUAAUGAGUUAAUAAAGGGGAAACUGCCUUUCCUGAAAGUGGAAGUCUUUAACAGAUAUUAAAAUUGCAGAGUGAAAUUAAUUAAGUGGUAAUGCUAUCAGCAGAGUGUUUUCCAAGGCAAUUAGAAAAUUCUCUGGUGGCUUCUUUAUCCCAAGGAAAGAAAAGUGAUGCCAUCCAUUUUAUGGGCUGGUUUAUUAGGGAAUAAUAAAGUGUAAUAAAGUGUAAUAAUAAAGUGUAUUGUGGACAUUAAAAGCAUCUGAAAGAACACAUCCCUCAUAUGAGUGUUAAUAAAAUCUCUUGGAUCCUGAAUUAACUCUGUGUAAAUAACCUGGGUGUUGUAGUUUUGCUAACAGAACCCUUUAUAUUUGAAUAAAAUUCCAUUGGAGAACUUUUAGCUUUUCAAAGUGAAUAAAAUUGCAUAUUUGAAUAAAAUUUUAUAUUUAUAUUUGAAUAAAAUUCCAUUGGAAAACUUUUAGCUUUUCCAAGUGAGGCCUCCUGCUUUUCCUGAAGCACAGCUUGGGGUUUGUCUGCAGUUUUUGGCUUUUAAUAAACUGGGCCUGACCUUAAAUAUUUUAGUUCCAGAAAGCAGAAUCUGAUCUGGAUUACAUUCAGCGCAGAGUGGAGUUUGAAAUCAUGAAAAAUCUUCCUGAGGAUACAGCAGCAGAGGAGGACCCAGCUGCCCUCCUGAAGGAGCUGCCCGUGCUGAAAUCCAGGUACCAAUCCCUGUGUGCCCAGAUGGAGGAGAUUUCCCUGGAGCAGAAGGAAUCCAUGGACAGCAUCCGAGCUGCCCUGCAGAAAACCAUGGAGAUGGUGCAGGCGCUGCAGCAGCAAACCCAGCUGGAGAACUCCCCUCUGUCAGCACAAGAACAGACUGCAGCCCAGCAGUUAAACCUGAAAACGGGGAAAGAAAUUGAAUUUUCAGUGCAAGAGCCAUCCUCCCCAGGAUCUACAGACCCUGGCUCAGCUGAAGAAGCCCAGUUCAUCCCACUGACUAAGGAAGCAUUUCUGAGCGUGCCCAGGAGCAUCAGAAGCACUGUCAAGUUAGCAGACCUGAACACUUUUUACAAGGAGUUAUUUAACCAUUUCAUUGUACAGAACAACAGAGCAGCACUGAGUCUUUCACAGAUGAAAAACAUGAAUAUGAAAGCCACUGACUCAAGAAUUCGAAUCCUGGAAGAACUGGGGAUUGUAGAAGUCAACAAACAAGGAAAUGUUAAAUUAGCUGUGUGAGAGAAAACUCAGAAGCAUCCUGGAAAAUCUCCUGGGUUAUUGAGGAACAGGAAUUUCUCUGGAAGCAGAGUUCCACUGUAGGGAAGUUGUUGAUGUUUCUGUAUAAAUAUUCUGUUGGUAACACUUGAAAUUGGAGAGUUCAAGGUCACUGAGGUUGGCACUUUACCUUGGCUGUAAAGGGAUUUAUUGUGGGAUUUUUUUUAUGAUGGGAUUUCUUUAAGGGAUUGUGGUUGAUGCAUUUUUAAGGAAUGUUGUGAGCCAUGUUCCACUUUCCUGCUGCGUUCCUGAGGGGGUUUUAAAGGCAAAUAAUCCAAGGCUCUUCAUUGUCCUUGCAUUCCUGAAUAAAGAUUUAUUUUAAUUUUGUUGAAGUGA